GGAUGUUCCCGGCGGCUGCGGCGGCGGCGGCGGCGACGGCCGGGUUAGCGCGGGCCAGAAGCGCGGCGCGCGGAGUCCUCGGCUGCCCGGCGGAGCACGGCUGUCGGGCGGGAAGGCGCGUGCUCUGCGCUGACCCGGGGACUCUGAACCCGAGUCCUGGGCUUUGUUUCCCGAGUUACCUUUGCGGAGACGUUCAGGGGCCGCCGGGUCGGCGACGGUCGCGUUCCGGACGCCGCAGGACCCGGGCCUGGACUUCACGCUCAGCGGGGAAGGAGCGGAUAAAAAAAGACCAAAUGGCAAAGCAACCUUCAGAUGUAGGUUCUGAGUGUGACAGAGAAGGUGGACAAUUGCAACCUGCAGAGAGACUUCCCCAGCUAAGGCCUGGGACCCCUACCUCUCUACACACAGAGCCCCAAGGUAAUCCUGAAGGCAGUUCGGAAGGCGAAGGGGACCGCUGCCCCCAAGGCAGCCCUCAGGGCCCACUGGCCCCACCUGCCAGCCCUGGCCCUUUUGCUACCAGAUCCCCGCUUUUCAUCUUUGUAAGAAGAUCCUCCCUGCUGUCUCGAUCCUCCAGUGGGUAUUUCUCUUUUGACACAGACAGGAGCCCAGCACCCAUGAGUUGUGACAAAUCAACACAAACCCCAAGUCCUCCUUGCCAGGCCUUCAACCAUUAUCUCAGUGCAAUGGGUAAGCAAUACCCGGCUUCCAUGAGGCAGUCUCAGGCUGACCCUGCAGAUUUGCGCCCAGAGAUGUGGAUCGCCCAAGAGUUGCGGCGUAUUGGAGACGAGUUUAACGCUUACUACCCAACGAGGGUAUUUUUUCAUAAUUACCAAGCAGCCGAAGACCACCCUCAAAUGGUUAUAUUACGACUGUUGCGUUACAUCGUCCGCCUGGUGUGGAGGCUGCAUUGACAGGUCCUUCUUCGCAGAGCUGAGAUGUGUGUGGACAUUUUGCUUGUGCAAACCGACAAGCCCCAGCACCGCCGUCUCUUGGUGCCAUUACUACGCAGCCAGCUGUUCUUUCCCAGAGGAGGAGGCGUGCGGUGGGGCGGGCAAUGUGGUCAGAAGACACCAAGCUGGAUGUGAACUUGACCUUUCUGUUCAUCGCCACACGGCAGGGUUUUCUAAUGGAAAUUGUGAAUGUAAAUGAGGGAGGAUUCUUUUUUUUUUUUCUUUUUUUUUUUUUUAAAUGUACAAACCAUGGUUCUUUGGAGCAGGAUUUUAUGCAAGAAUGGUGUUUACAUGCGGUGUAUUUUUUCCCCCCACCUUCUUUACUAAGAACACAUUUAUCAAAAAGGAAAUGGAAACUUUUUAACCAACUCAUGAAUGGUUUUUGUACUAAAAAUUUAAGAACCUGUUGCCUAAUCUCAGAGGAUUAUGUAAACCCUGCAGUAGAAACUGAGGCAGGUAAUUUAUAAAGCUGCCUUAGUUUAUUUUUAGAGAUUACAGAAUUUUUAAAUAGGGAGAAGUGAGAUAUUCCCUCUCCCUUCCUUGCCAUUGCCUCUUUGACCUUUCUUUCUUUUCAAUUAGUAUUAAUACCAAAAGAGUUUCUAUGAAAUUAAACUGAGGGGCAAAAAGUCUGUUGUCAGCCUGCAUUAAUACACCACUCCCUUUUUGUAAAUAUUUAUGUAACUCCUUAAAUUCAGUUGCACCAGUGGCAAAAUUUCAGGCUAUUUUUGCAUGUCUUUCCUUAUCUACUUUUUGUGUUGCUUCUAUAGUCUGCACUCGAAUGCACAGAUUUGGUCCAGGGCGUUUUUGUGAUGAAACGUAAUGGGGUCAGAACAGGAGUUAAUACCUACCUGUAUCACACACAGCUCGGUUAGUCUAUUCCUAGCUAACGGGGAAGCACCAGGUGCUGUUUCCAUUCAGUUUUGGUGGGCAUGUCAUACGUAACAGCAGGCCAAGGAUUAUGCCCCUCUGUGCUGUUGGCUUUUCUGGCUGCAGGCUAUCCUGUGGUCCCAGGAUGCACUGUCACCAUAGGGUCACAUGCGGUCACCAUGCCCACAGGCAGCAGAAUCCAGCUGCAGGCAUCUAAGCCCAUGCCCUCUUGGGGAUUGGCCCAGGCCAAGAGCAGGGCCUCAGAUGGCCAUUUCCCAGGUCUCCUGGCUUUUAGUCCAACCCAGAGUCUACCUGACCUGUGAUGCCUGGCAUUUGGUCUGCACUCUUCAGGGUCCACUUUGAAAUACAGGCUUAUAUUCCUCUUCUGUCACCUUUGGAAGAGUUCCACUGGGCAGAGGUCUCUUCUUUCCUUUUCUUGGGACAGUUGGUUUUUCGGGCCCUUCAUGCUUCUCUGCCUCUCCUCCUCAGCUGCCCUUAGGAUGGCAGUGAGUGAGAAGCCCAUACAGCCGUUUCAGAGGUAGCCAAUUAGGGAAGCCGGGUGCGCAGGAAAGAAACGGAUUAGGGAGCAACGAAAAGAAGGGGGGAGGAUUCUGUGAGCUCUGCAACUCUUAAAAUUUUAGACAACUUCAAUCAUCAAGUAACAUUUUAAAAGAAAUUCAUGAAUUUUUCCAAUGAGUCAGCAGUGCCAACAACUGUUGUAUUUACUUUUGCCCCAUAGAGGGCCGAUGUUUUCACAUUAUUAAAUUAAGUGGAAAAAUAUAUUCAUUUGUACCUUUGUAAUUUAUAUAUAUACACAUAUAUAUACUUAUAUAUGUAUAUGUAUGUAUUUUGCAUAUAUACUUUUUCUUUUAGGUGGAGAUGAUUUGAUUCUUUUUAAAAACUUUCUUUCCCCAGCAAUCUCCUUGGGCUUUUGAAUAUUUUUAAAGCUGUGUUUUGGAGCUCAGCUUGUUCCCUGACAUAUCUUGAACACAUUGGUAAGGUCAUGCCAAGCCCACGGCUGUAAAGUGGUGGUAGAGUGGCAGCUGUGGGCCGGCUGGACACACACACCAAAGACGAGUUUGGUUCUGGGCGCUGCCCCCCCAGGAUCUCUGUGCUCUGUGCCAGUCCCUCAGACUGCAGCACUUUACUCUUAUUUCCUCAACUCUGCAACUCCCGGGGCCGAGGUGUGUGCAGCCCUGUGGCAGGCACAGGGGACUCUGCUUGCCUGGUACCCGAGGGCUGUGUGUCCUACAAUGGAUUGUUCACCUCUGGCCCGGUAGCCUCCUGGCCUCCAGGAUGGCUGUGGAAGCAGCUCAUCGGGAAAUAAGAGAUUCUAUAAAUUGAAGAAGUAUUAACGGACAGGAUGUUGGCACCAGAACUUAGAGAGAUGACUGGAUGUCUUUGUACUGUAUGUACCUGUUUAUUCAAGAUGCCUCCCUUGCAGAAAGUAUGCCUACCCUGGGUAUACCUUUUACUUUUUAUUUUUUAUUAUUAUUUUUUAAUUUUUUAUAGAAAAAAUUAGAUCCUUUUUUUGAAAACGUAAUGCGGGUUUUGUGCCUUGACAACCUCUCCCCAUGUGAGGUUUAUAAAAAGUGUCCUGUGACUCAACACCAAAAUGCAAUAAACACACAAAAUAACUUCAUGAGUGAUUCUUCAGAUUUCCUUCCCAGAAACGAGUUGAUGAAGAAUUGGGCGGGGGGUGGGGGGUGUGGAAAAAUUAGUUUAAAUUCCUUCUGAGUUAAAAGAAAAUACACAGUGGAAUACAAUUUUCUGCUGUUUCUCCUUAAUAUUGUAUAUAUUUUGACUAUUUAUUAGAUUAGUAGGUCAUAUUUUACUUAUCAACUGAGCCAGAUGUCUGUGCAAUUGUGUCUCCUUUACCUUUCUUGUAAAAUUUUGUACAGCAUAAAUGAGUAAAAAUCACUGUUUUUCUAAACUUUUUCAGAAUCAAGGAUUGUAAAUAUUGUAGAUUCUUUUUCUGUGUAAUGUGUCCUACUGUUUCAUAAUGCUGUAACUUGUAGAAAUAUUGUAUAUUUAUUUUCUGCUUAUUUAAUGUCUUAAGUUCUGAAAGUGUUGACACCCCUGCCUUCCCACAGAUCGCUUUAACUCCCAAGGUGUGAGGUGCUGACUGGUGAGCUCACUGCAGGCCACAUGGUCUUCCAGGGUGGCCCUCCAGCUUUGGGUCCUGGAAUUUCCAGUCAAAUGGGUUUCAGUUCUUGGGCUUUGCUGCCCUUGUAGUGAAGUUUGUGUUUAGAUACCAAUGAGAAGAUGUAUCCUGGCAGGCUACAAAAUUUUCCCAAGAAAUAUCCAGCAACCUUCUUUUGUUCCAGAGCAGCUACCUAGCUUCUUGUAGAAAUAAGUUGUGCUAAUUCUGGGCCUUAUCUUUAAAAAGACAAAAGUAUUAACUUAUGGGAAAGUUUUUUUUGUUUGUUUGUUUUUUGCUGAAAAUUUAUCCCUGACAGCUCAGUGUUGAGAGAAAUAAAAAUGUGCUACUUCUGGAGGUGCUGCCUGUGGUUGCCCAGGGCAAGAGCCAGGUAGGACAGGGGGCUUCUGCCUCAGGACCACCGAAUGCCACUAACCCCUCGCAGGCAACUGAUAAGCAGUUGGGUUUCCCCCACCUGCUGCGUGGCUUCCUGUGCUUUGAGGUGUGGACUGAACUGUUGGUCUUCAGGAGUGACUUUAGUUCACUGCCCACCACCACCAUAUAUUUGGUCAGCCUGCUUCAGGCCUAUGCCCUCCCCUUCCAGAGACUGGAUGUCACGAUGUGAAAGCUCAUGGGAGCUUUAGGGACAUUUCCCAGUGGUUCCAUGCGGGUGGUUCUGCCCUCCCUGCUGAUUUAGCCCAGUGCCUGUCUCUGUGUGUGUGUGUGUCUGUCUGUCUGUCUCACAUCCAACGCUGAAUCGUAUGGAGUCUAAUCCAAACAGCAUUGUGUAUAAGAAGCAUCCUUAAGCUUCCAGCUAAGUAACUUGACUACUUUAAUUUGGGAAUUUCAGACUUUAGAAGCAAUCUCUUAGGUAUUGUGUCCAGGUUCUGUGACCACUGGUUACUGUAUCAGAACUCAUCAGGUACCCAUUUAUAAAUAGCACUGAUCUGUUGUAUACUGACCCUUCACUAACCUGUUUCUUAAGACCCAGCGUAUGUAGCAUUUUGUAUUGCAAUUUCCCUGGCUUACUUGUGUUUUGCACUGAUGAAUUUUGACAGGGUAAUUGCCACUUUACUUGUGCAAUACUGCUGUAAAUAACUGCAGAUUUUUUUAAGAAACUCGAUCUUUUAUGUUCUUAAUGAAUUUUAUAUAAAUAAAUUUUCAACUGGU